UUGACCUGUCCCAAGAACCCACUGCGCAGCUCCCCUCCAUUCGCCCGUCCCAUAGAUCAUCAUCAUUGCCUACUGUACUUUUACCACCACGACCAUAGGUAGACAAUCAUCUCAUCAACUGCCCAACAAUCUCGAUGAUCGCGGCUCUGCAAUCUGCCUAUCUGCCACUCUCCUUCUACAGCUCCCCGGGUUCCCCCAUCUGUCCGUCUUCAUCAAACUGGCGUCGAGGUCCCCCUGUGAUUGGCACCAACCGUGACGUAUUGCUCGCUUCGCCUUCACCCACCAUCCUCACAUGCCUUCGUUUCGGGGCUGGAAAUGCUGUUGAAGUUCUACCAGUCUCUAUUAUUGUACCUCGAACACACACGACCGGCUGUGUCCGGAGCCCUCGUGACUAUUUUUCCGAAAGCCGACCUUCACACAAAAGCCAUAUUACCAGGCCAAUCACUGCAUCUACCGUAUCGUUACUCUUAGGCGGCCGAUGUUACACGAGGAUAUUCUCCAAAAGUCGCCCGUCAUUCAGGUACACUCGGGAUGCAUCCACGCGGUGGAUUCUGUUUGAUGGACACAUUCCGAGGCGUCGGCCGAGGACGGACUUGGGACGGACAUUGCAACAGGUACCACAGUACUGUGUCAGUCUACACAGGAAACGCAGACCGCUCGUGCCGCAGACUUCUGCCGAGGGACAGAUCAUCCCACGCUUUCACAAGUAUUUAAGCCACUGAACGCAAUUCCAGGUUGACCUGCGCCACAGCCGCUGAGGUGGAUCUAGCCGUGAUAGGCUAGCUCCAUUUUGCCUGACCGACCCCUUGCGAACGCCGCUCAAAGUUUUGUUGAACCUCAAACAUGCGCACACGACACAACAUCCUGUGUCUGUCCUUACAGGUCAGACUGCAGAGCACAUACCACAUCCUUACCGUUCUUCGAGGUCACGGCC